UCAAACCAAGAACUCAAACUCAACUCAACAUGAAGGUCUUCAUCUGCUUGAUUGCCACUUUGGCACUGGUGCACGCUGGACAACGCAGCGGCGGCGGUGGUGGCGGUUACUUGCCUGGCGGUGGACGCGGAGGCGGUGGCGGCCAUGGUGGCGGACAUGGUGGCUUUAGAAACGGCGCUGGACUUACCUCGCAUGUGUCGCAGUCGCAUGGCCAAACCAAGGUGCACAUUGGUGGUGCCGGUGGUGGAGCUGGCGGUGGUGGUGGCGGCGGCUGGCAAGGAGCUGGACGCGGUGGCGGCUGGCAAGGAGCAGGCGCUGGAGCAUCAGCUGGCGCUUAUGGUGGUGGACGCGGCGGCGGUGCUGGUGGCUGGAAGUCUGGCGGCGGCGGCGGUGGCGGUGCUGGUGGCUGGCAAGGCGCUGGUGCUGGCGGAGCAGGCGCUGGUGGCUGGAAAUCCGGCGGCGGCGGUGGCGGUACUGGCGGCUGGCAAGGAGCUGGAGCUGGCGGCAAUGCCUGGGGCCCACCCGCUGAAUUCGACUACAGUGUGAACCAUGGCAGUGCUGGUGCUGGCGCUGGAGCCGGAUCUCGUGGUGGUGCCGGCUGGUGGAACGACUAA